AUGGGUUGUGGAGCUCAAAAAUAAUCUUAAGGUUUAUCACCUCAAUUAAGAUAAAAAGCAUUAGAAAUUUUCAAGAAAAUAGAUGUCAAUAAUUCUGGUUCUAUUGAUAAGGAUGAGACUCAAAAGUUUUGGAAAACUAAUUUUGCAAAAGUGAAUACUCAAGCAUUAUUUAAUGCAGUUGAUUUUGAUAAAAGUGGUUAAAUUACAGAAGAUGAAUGGAUGGCCUUCUGGGAAAUAGUAAAAAAGAGUGGAUAUUCUGAUAAAGAAAUUUUUGAAGAGGUACACAGAAUAUUAGACAGUAUUAGUUGGACAAUUUAAUGGAAGGUAAAGCUUGGGUAUAAUUUCGUAAAGUAGAUGAAUUUGUUAAACGAGAUUAAAUGAGAAAAAAAAGUCAAGUUAAAUAAAUCGUUGAAGACAAUUCUAAAAGAAAAUCUAUUCUUUAGCAAGAAUAACAUAAUAAUUGA